CAGCCCCAGCCUCAGACUCAGCCGGGUCCUUCAACUGGAGGUGACAUUCAGUCGGCUAACACAAACAGGGACGUUUAGCAUCGACAAGCGGGUCAACAUGGCACAGGCGGCACAGAAACUGGUGGCUAAAGUACCUACAUUGAUUGGCGCCGCUGUCACCUAUUCCAAACCUCGGCUUGCAACCUUCUGGCACUAUGCCCGUGUUGAACUUGUCCCCCCAAGUCCUGCCGAGAUCCCAAAGGCCAUCGAAGGGGCUACGAAUGUCAUCAAGGGUUUCCAGACAGGACGACUCGGUAAAACCACUGUGAAGGAUGCUGUAAGGAACGGACUGGUGGCCACUGAAGUGCUCAUGUGGUUCUACAUUGGAGAGUGCAUUGGCAAAGGAGGCAUAGUUGGCUACGCUGUCUGAGUUGUGAACACAGCACCUGGGCAAAGAUUAUUUCCUAUUGAGCAUUGUAUGCUUAACUUCCUGUAAGAAUCGUGGGAACCAAUAAACAUAUGUCUCUUGUUAA